AUGUUCUUUAAAUAUUGGUGAAGAUGCUCACCAAUCAGACUCAAAGGAACAACACUGUUGAGCUGCAGCGUGAAGGACUUUUGGGGGUGGUACUGUUUUCUGUUGUGACCACUCUGCCCUGCUCUGUGUUUCUCUUCAUUAAUCUAACCGCUUUAUACACCCUGAGAAGUAAAGACGUGUUUCGGGAGACGGCUCGCUACGUUCUUCUGUUUAACCUCCUGCUUGCAGACACACUGCAGAUGGCAAAGAGUCAAUCGCUGUUUCUUCUGUCUCUCAGUAGAGUAACUCUGUUGUAUCCCGUCUGUGCCACUGCGUUAGCAUUUUAUUCUCUUCCUCAUAGAAUUUCUUCAAUAACUCUGGUGAUUAUGUGUUUAGAGAGAUACAUAGCUGUGUGCUAUCCUCUCAGACACAACGCCAUCGUCACCACCAGAAACACCACGUUGGUUAUUUGGGUCGUUUGGACUUUCACUUCACUAAAUGUCAUGAUUCAAAUAAUUAUAAUGUUCAAGUUUUUAUUAGAAGAACACCAGCACAUGCAGAUGGCAGACUUUUGUGGAAAAGGGGAUAUGCUUACUGAUCCAGGAUCUGACCUUUACGACAAAGUCUCGACCUGCUUCCUGUUUGUGCUCGGAGGUGUAACAGUCAUUUUCUGCUACACUGGUAUCAUUGUAGCAGCUCGUUCUGCUGCCACAGAUAAAGAAUCAGCCAGCAAAGCCAAAAGGACCCUGCUGCUGCAUCUGCUGCAAAUGGGCCUCACAGUGUUGUCAACAAUACACAAUUCAUUGAUAACACCCAUCUCCAAAAAUCUAGACAGAGUUCUUACUGUGCGUCUUCAGAUUUUCCUUUAUGUUUCUGUAACUAUUCUUCCUAAAUGUCUAAACUGCCUCAUUUAUGGUCUGAGAGACCAAACAAUCAGGCCGAUCCUCAUACUCAAUCUCAGCUGUCAGUGGAGAGGCUCGGUUUCAUUCCCUGUAAUUACGAAUAAGAAAACCCCCAGAGUACAUGUCACGUGAUGGCUGUUAUUUCUAGUUUUAUUCUGAAAUUCAUUUAACUUGGGUAAAACAAAUUUUGUAAGUGUGGCACAGAAUUUUUUUUUCCACCAGUGAUGUGUUUGUGCCUUACUGUAUACUGGACAUAACAAUGACUGACAGCUGAUGGACUAAAAAGUUUUAUUGCUAUAGCAAUAUCAUUUUAUUUCUAUGCUAUAGAAAUAAAACUAAUUUAUUAAACAUAUUCUUUAAUUUCUGGUGAUCAAAUUAAAGGAUAUGUUCUGUAGGUAACACAGUCGACCUACAGACGGGGUCAAGAUGUGUCUGCUAGGAUGUGAGAUAUCCAUUAAAUGUUAUGUAAUUGGACUCCAUGUUAUGGCUGACCAUCUAAAUCAGAGGAGCCAAACUCAUUUUCAUUUUGGACCACAUCUAGAUCAGGAAUGUCUUUAAAGGUCAGGUUGUGGCAUUAUGUAGUCAUACAACUACUUAUUAACACACUGAUAAACUACAGCUUUCUCUGCAUUCAUGGGGUACUUCUAAAAUUAAAUACAACUGAACAUCUUUCCACAUUGAUGUAAUUUGGCACUAUACAAAACAAUGGCUUUGAUUUUAUGCAACUCUUAUGUUGAAGUUUGAUUGGCUGGAUUUCGCCCACAUGAAAUCUAAAUCAUUGUACAAUACAAGUAUGUAUGACACAGUUACAAGCAAUGCUUUCUCAUUGUUUGCUGUAGUUUGUUCUAACUUCAAAUACAUGCAGACUGACAAUUUACAUUCUGUGGCUUCGUUAUUGCAAAAUAAAAUGUGAUUUGAAUACUCCUUUGUAAGAAAAUAAAUACAAGACAGUUCCCCUAAACUACCGAAGCAGACUUUUUAAAAAAUAGUAUCUUGCUGUUUGUAUUUUAAACCGGCGGGUUUUCCUCGAAAAGCGAAACGAAUGCUAAUAAAUACAGAAUAGUAAAUAAUUAAAGCUGUUUUCUCCACACAUGUUAAAGUUUCCCACCGUUCAGAAAGAUGUUAAUAAUCCCGAAAUAACCGUCCGCGCUUCCAGCAGCCGCUACUAGACCUCAGCUCAGGGUUGCCAGGUAGUCAAGAGAUCCCCCUUAAGUAACCGAUUCCGAGUUAGUUAAUUAGUUAGUUGUCUGCUGAUGUUUAUUUUUAGUUACUUAGAAAACAAUUUUCAAACCCAGUCAUCUUUUUGUUGUUGUUGUUUUACUACAACUUUCAAUAAUUACAACAUUAAAGUAAAUAAACUCAAAUUAAGUAAAACAUUAUAUUUUAACGUCUUUUCAUCAAGAUUCAUGUUUUGUAUUUGCCUUCAUCUAAAGAUCUGAGUGGGGAGUGGUUGCUCAGGCCCAACAACCGGUGAAUCUGGACCCUAAAUGGAUUUUGUUCAAUCUAGAUCAGAGAUCUACAGCCUUUACUUUAUUGUUAUUAACAUUUGUUUCACCAGGAAAAUCCCAUUAAUAUUAAUAAUUUCAUUUAGAAGAGAAUUCACGACUCACAGAAGCACAGAAUUUGCAUAACAUCCACAACAAAAACCU